AUGGGCGCCUAUAUUCUGGUUUCCAAACUCCUCAUACUUUGCGUAUUGCAGGGCAUUGUGUUUUCCUUAAUACUCAUCGCCACUCCUCUGGAUGUAUUCCGUUCGUGGGGAAUGGGAUCUUGUUAUGGUUUGUUUGGCCAGAAACAGUGUGGAGUAUUUGGAGGAGCCGUUCUCAGUACUUCAUGGGGAUGUGCCCGACGGCAAACGUUAAUGGAUGUUGCUGCUGCCUUUGCUAUUAUAAGUAUCUUAUCUUCCUUUUCCGCUGCCAUCAUGAGUGUGAUGUCUUAUUUCCGCAUGGUAUUACUGCGAUUGAGUUUAUUUAUUAUUCAUCUAUUUAUUUGCAUUACACUGUUGAUUACAUGGGCGUGUAUUGCCAGUGUCUAUCAUGAGGCGAUGUGUUGGGCGGGAAGUGGAUUGGGGGCCACACACCACUACGGUCCAGCGUUUGUGAUGACUGUGUGUGCGUGGGUUGUGCAGGUCUUUACAGUGCUCUUGUCUGCAAAUCUACAUUUCUAA